CACAAACUGAAAUUAAACCUUUAUUUAAUACAAUCACCAACCUUUGCAAAGGCUAAAUCCGUAAAUGCAGCAUCUUUUAAGCUUUUACUUUCUGGUUAACCCCUUUUCAACUCUCCUUCCUUCUAUCCGAACUAAUUUAUUGAUGGAACGCACAAAUCAAUCACUAACAGAUUUUAGUAUCAUUGGAAUUUCCGCAUCUCAGUUAUACCUUUCUUCGAUUACACAUUUGCAUAAAUGAACAGCUAUUGGUGAUUUUUUUUUUUAAUUAUUGUGAUUUGUUGAAUAUCGCGGAGUUAUAAGCCGAUGGCAGCUACGACAGUGGCUACGGCGGCGGGGGCGGUGGUUCUGCUGUACUACGUCGUGAGCCGGCGGAUAUCAUCGGCGGCGGCGGCGGACGGAGAGGAUUCCAGCGGCGGCGAUUUGUCCGAGUCCAAGAGUCGAUCGGCCAAGAAGCGGCUGUCGCGGCGGCCGGCUCAGGCGCCUGCUACCUGGCUGGAGACGAUCUCCACGCUGUCAGAGACUCUGAGGUUUACGUAUUCGGAGACGUUGGGGAAAUGGCCGAUCGGCGAUUUAGCCUUCGGAAUUAAUUAUCUCAUACGGAGGCAGGGUAACCUACAAGUUGCAAGUGUAUAUGUAGAUGAAAACUCUGUGCAGCUGAAGGGCCCUGAAGUCAUCGGUCAAUUGUAUUACUACUUAAGACUGCUGACCCUCUGCAUGCUUUUCUCCAAAAAGCCCUUCCCCAUAUUCUUGGAAUCUGCCGGGCUAUCUGAGGCGCACGUCCUUCUUCAGAAGCCCAAAGCCGGUAUUCUGAAGCCUGCGUUUACAAUUUUAAGUGAUGAGGCCUCAAAGUGCUUCCUCCUCUUGAUUCGUGGCACGCACAGCAUCAAGGACACUCUAACAGCAGCAACUGGGGCUGUGGUCCCCUUUCACCACUCGGUUCUGGAUGAUGGUGGGAUUAGCAAUCUUGUAUUGGGCUACGCUCACUGUGGGAUGGUUGCUGCUGCUCGGUGGAUAGCCAAGCUGAGUACUCCGUCUUUGCUUAAGGCUAUGGAGCAAAAUCCUGAUUAUGAGGUGAAGGUAGCUGCCUGCAUGACAUGGGAACUGGCGGAAUCAGGGAAGCACUUCAUAACCACAAUAGUCAAUGGCUCUGACUUAGUUCCCACUUUUUCAGCUGCUUCUGUUGAUGAUCUUCGGUCAGAGGUAACAGCAUCAUCCUGGUUGAAUGAUCUCCGUGACCAAGUUGAGCGCAACAGAGUAUUGAAUGUCAUAUAUCGAUCGGCCACCGCUCUUGGGUCUCGUUUGCCGUCAAUUUCGAAUGCGAAGGCAAGGGUUGUUGGAGCUGGUGCAUUAUUAAGACCAGUCUCCAGCAGCACCCAGGUUGUGAUGAAACGUGCACAAGACGUAGCACUUGCAGUUGUAAAGACCCGAUCUUCCAUAUCCUCAUGGACAUGCAUGGGCCCCAGGCGUCGGCCCAUCACUCCUAGGUCAAAUCCGGAGAAAAUAAACGACCUACCCAACUCCCCUCUUAUAAUUUCGACAACAACAGAAUCUCUCACAACUGAAGAAGUUGUAACGAGCACAAAUCCCGAAUCAAUAAAGUCCGAAUAUUGUUCUUCUUCUAGCGCAAGUGACGACGAAGAGGACAAUCAUCUAAUGCAGGUCGAGAAAGUUGUCACCACAUCUACCACUAUCGAGGAAUUUACCGAAGGGCAAUUAUGGUAUGAACUGGAAAAGGAGCUCCAAAGGCGGGAAAACGAGCUCGACGAGGAAAUUCAAGAAGAGGAAGAAGCCGCGGCUAACGAAAUAAUGGAGGAGGAAAAAGUGUUUGCAGAUGCAGUCGAGAGCCACUCGCCAAUUUCCUAUACGGAUGAUAAUCAGAAAUUUUACCCUCCGGGCCAUAUAAUGCAUAUUAUAUGUGUAUCUAAUGAGGAGAGAGUCGGGAUUUACGAGACGCAUAGAGAGUUGUACAGCAAGCUUCGGCUGUCGAGGACGAUGAUCAACGAUCAUUACAUGCCAAUGUACAAGAAGAUGAUGGAGCUGUUGAUUAAGCAGCUGGAGGAGGAGUUGGAUUCUGGUCGUGUAGUUACGUGAUGGAGAGUGUAAGUGUGUUAUGUGGUGGUAAAAAGUGUGGAUUUUGGUUUGAUGUAUUAAUUUUUUUAUAUUAACGAUAUAUAUUUUGAGGCCUUUUAUGGAGUGGUGUGUAGAAUGUGGAUUAGUGAUGCUGUGGCUGUUGAUGAAUUGGGUGCGAUUCUUUACGAACUGGUUAGUUAAAGUAGAAAUAUACAUAUGCUGAAACGAUAUC